GGCGGGCAGCGGCGGGAGCCGGGGCGACGUGUCGGGACGGGACGGGACGGGACGGGACCGGGACCUGGGGCGGCAUGGAGCUGGAGGCGAUGAGCCGGUACACCAGCCCGGUGAACCCGGCCGUGUUCCCGCACCUCACCGUGGUGCUGCUGGCCAUCGGCAUGUUCUUCACCGCCUGGUUCUUCGUCUAUGAGGUGACCUCCACCAAGUACACGCGGGACAUCUACAAGGAGCUGCUGAUCUCGCUGGUGGCCUCGCUCUUCAUGGGCUUCGGCGUCCUGUUCCUGCUGCUGUGGGUCGGUAUCUACGUGUGAGGCCGCCCGGCGCCGCCCCGACGGCUGUGGGAGUUCCUGCAGAAGCUCUUUUUAUAUUUCUUUUACACUUCUACAAGGAAGCCUGUGUCAGGCAUGGACUGUGCUCCUGUCAGGUGACUGCUGCCAGCACAACAAACCAAACCUGAAUAAAGCUGGCUUCGUGAUGUACCUGC